UGGGCUUCUAUACCAUGACAAUGAAUACAAUUUAAGAGAGGAAACAUUAUAAAUCUUUUUGUUUUCCUAGUUAUCAUUUAUAAAUCUCUCGUGUCUUAAUUUCCUAAUAGAAAUCGAUCAGCAGUACAUGUUUCAUCAAAUUAAUGGCGAACUCAAUGGACUUGGUUACUUCGAAGAAGUACAUUCUCAGGGUGAAAACGCACUGCGGGAAAUGCGAGAGCAAGCUGAAGAAAUAUAUAUUAGGAAUUGCAGGAAUCAGUUCUGCAAAGAUGGAUGAGAAGCAAGGAACCAUGACUAUUUCAGGCAGCCUGGAUCCUUUCUUCAACUAUAUGAUGCUAAUCGAAAAAGGGUUCGGCCUAAAGACUGAACUUUUGUGGGAGCAAAAAAAACCUUCUCCCUCAACAAAUAAUGGCGGCAGCAACUCUUCACAAGAUGAAGUUAAUGCAGCUAAAUCAAGAAAGGUUGAUGAUCAUCAUGAUCCGCGAGUCAUUGUUGUGAUAGCCCAACCGGAAAAUCUCUCAGGGACCAAAGUGUUGGAAUCGGUUGAAAUCAAGUUGAGUUUCAAAUCCCAGAACGGUGAUGUGAUCGGUAACAAGAAUGUGGAGCUAAUGAUUAAUCAGAAAGAGGUUGACAAUAAUUCUGACCACCAUCAAAAGGCUAAAACCUCCGUUAAUACCGCUUCCGCCGCGGCCGGCGGCGGGCUUUGUGGUGCAUCUACUUCUUGUUGCGGCAAUCAUCAUCAUCACCGCCGUGUUGUGGAUGUGGAUCAGAAUCCGAACAAGGGAUUUGUUUGAGGUUUCUGUGGGAAUCAUGCGGCUACAGGUUAUCCCAUCUUUUACAUGGGGCCGAAUGGUGGUGCCGGGGCCGCCACCGCCGUGGUGGUGAUAGUCCAUCAGCCCCUCCUAUGGGUGGGUCUGGAUACUAUGAUUAUUAUUACCCACACCCUCCUCCUCCUCUUCCUCCGGGAAGCGACACUUCAUUUUUUAAUCAUUUCGGUGAUGAAUAUCCUUCCGGCAGCUACCACACAUUAUUUAAGGAAUUUACCUUCAUCGUCUUGAUUAUGAUUUUUCUCCGGGUGGCUUGCGUGCAUGUAUUUUUGUUUUCACACUCUGUGCAAUUAAUUGAUGUAAGGUUGUUUCUUCAUCUUUGUUUGUCCAAUAAUUAAUGUUGAUUUGUUCAGAUCCUUUAUUUGAUUUAAACGGUCCCCC